AAAAUUUGAUAUACUCUUAACAAGUACAAAGAUCCACCAUCGCCGUCAUUAAAAAGAAAUAACAAAACGAAAAGAAGCGCGCUCGACCGAGCGUACGAGGUUGACGCAAAAGAGCGCUGCGAUCGCCGAGAGAUGUCAGGCGAGUCGUUAGCGUUCGGUAAACUUCGGUAACAUUCGUGUUACGUUCGGUAAUAAUCGCGGCGGCUCGCGGUGCGGAUUCGUUGUAUUCGUAGUGGGGGUCGUCAGUGGGUUGCCGUCGGCGUGAGGUGGCGGCGGCAUCGUACGCGAGGAUAAAACAGAGUGGGGUCGAUCGAGACGCGUGCCGGGCUGGUAGAAAAGAAGUUAGAGCGCGCGGUGCCGCGGGCCCGUGCUCUCGUGCCCGACGAGUGUGUGUUAGACGACGACGACGACGACAUAAUAAUAAUAGCGGAUAGAAGAGAGACAUAGAGAAAGAUUGUAUGAGAAAACGCGAGAGAGAUAGAGAGAAGGAAAGAAAGAGAAAGAGAAAGAGAAAGAGAGGGAAAGAGAAAACGACGUUAAGGAGAACGACGACGACGACGACGACGACGACGACGACGACGACGACGACGAGGAGGAGGAGGAGGAGGAGGAUUAGUCGAAGAAGAGUAAGUUAGUGAGUUAGUCAGUGAGUGUAAGUUUGGAAGAGAAGGAAUAGGAGAGAAGAAGAAGAAGAAGAAGAAGAAGAAGAAGAAGAAGGAGGAAGAGGUGGAGGUGGUGGAGGUUGAGGAGGUGGAGGUGGAGGUGGAGGUGGAGGAGGAGGUGGAGGUGGAGGUGGAAAAGAGGACUGUACAACGACCGCGAGGAGAUAGAUUGGAGUAAUAGUAGUAGAAGGAGAGUAGGAGUAUAGGAGGGGAGGUUGUGGAGGAGGGCCACUGCCAAGAAAACAGUAGUGCGUUCCUUGGCAAGAUGGCAGACGGUCCGUCCGCGGAAGAGGCGUCUGCUGUUGAUGUUCGGAUUCUAUCGAGGGAACGACAGAAACGACAGGACCCAAUUUCGACGUCCCAACCAACUAACACUGUACUUACGGGUUCGUCGUCAUCGUCGUCAUCAUUAUCAACAUCAUCAACAUUAUCAACAUCCUCAUCAUCAUCAUCAUCAUCAUCAUCAUCAUCAUUGUUGUCGUCGUCGUUGUUGUCGUCGUCGUCGUCGUUGUCUUUGAGCACGGGCCAGGACCUUGUUAUUAGACGGUUUAUCAAUAAACGGGAUAACAACGGUGAAUUUGACGAGGAUUACGAUUACGAUUACGAGGACGACGAGGAUGACGAUGACGACGAGGACGACGAGGACGAGGACGAUUACGAGGAACUUGACAACCGACGUCGUUACCAUCAUGAUCGUCAUAAUCAUCACCAUUACCGUUAUCAACAACACCAACAACAACAGCAACAGCAACAACAGUUACAACAGGAAAGGAUUCCUAACGAAGGUGCUGCUGGUGGAAUUGGUAAUCAUUUUAAUAGUGAUGGCAGUGGUACUGCUCGUCGUGGUGGUGUUGGUAGUGUUGGUUGUGGUGUUGGUAGUGGCAGUGGUAGUGGCAGUUGUGGUGGUGCUAGUGCUGGUGCUGUUGGUGGUGGUGGUGGUGGUGGUGGUGGUGGUGUCGUCGUCGUCGUCGGUGGUGAUUGUGCGUCCACGAUACGUGGAAAGGAACAUAACAAGGUGUUGUUAUACGAUGAGGAAGAUGAUUACGAGGAAGAGGACGAGGAUGAUCAGGAAGAGGAGGAGGAGGAGGAGGAGGAGGAGGAGGAGGAGGAGGAGGAGGAGGAAGAGGAGGAGGAGGAGGAUGACGACGACGACGACAACGACGACGACGACGACGACGAAGGUGAGGAAGGUGAUGAGGAAGAUGAGGAAGAGGAAGAGGAAGAGGAUGAUGACGAACUGCCAACGCCAAUCGAAAAUCGAAGAGUUAGGAUAGGCUUGAUGAAAAAGUCGACCGAGGGCAUUGUCACGAGUAUCACUGGUGUUGGUAAUAAUAGAAAUGUUAAUACCAGUGGUAUAAUAGGACAUGGUGUUAACAUACAUAGUGGUGGUGGUGGUGGUGGUGGUGGUGGUGGUGGUGGUGGUGGUGGUGGUGGUGGUUCUUUGUUGGUAACAAAGAUGCUUGGUAAUACACGUUCCUCGCGUUUAAUCGAUGUUGUUAACGUACUCGUUGAUCCGUCGGAAUCGGUUGGUACGAAACUAACCCCGAAUUUAUCCAACAUCAACGAAAGAAGUGAUCGGGUUAGAUCCGAGGCUGACGAAGACCAUGACAAUAAAAAGAAGGAAACUCAAUUACAACAACAACAACAACAACAACAACAACAACAACAACAACAACAACCACCACCACCACUGCAAUCGCAGCAACUACCACUGCAGCAGCAUCAACAACAACAACAACAACAACAACAGCAACCACAGGAACAUCAGCAACAGCAUCAGCAUCAGCAGCAACAACAGCAGGAAGAUAAAAAGAAAAAGAAGAAGAACGAAGAGAAAGACAGAAGAGGAGACGAUACCACGAACGAUCCUCCUCCCCUUAACACCGUAACCGUCACCAUCACCCCUGCCUCCCCUUCUUCUUCAACAACCAUCACAACGAGCGGAAUACCGAAUGCCGUCGUCCUCGUUGCCACUGGCAGUGGCAGCGUCAGCAACAACACCACCAGCAACACCGGCAGUAGUAGCAGCAGCAGCAGCAGCAGCACCGGAAGUGGCAGCUCCGUUGCCGGCGGCGCGAGCAACGUCAAGAGUAGUAGUUGCGCCGGCUCCUUGUCCAACGGCAGCCCCUUCAAAGGACAGGUCAGGAUGGCCGAGGAGACUCUCGUUGGGCCUUGCGGCAAGAAGCGUUGCGCCGAUCGAUACGACAGUUCUGAGAGUUCCGACAGCGGAGUUGCGGUUUCGUGCGGGGAGUGUAGCAGUAGCGGUACAAGUGACAUAACCGAGCCAGGCUCACCGUGUAGUACAAGUAGCGACGAGGGUGUAGCAAUAAGAGGAGCAUCGGCAAGCCCAUUACCAAGUUUGCCCAAGCUGGCGCCGUCCUCGCAAUUGGGUACCAGGCCCCAGUGGCCUUGGACCCCGCCAUUGGCGGCAACCGCUUGUUCAACUUACAAGAGACUGAAAGGUGAGCCAGAAGCAGGAACAUUGCCGAGGUCCGGAGCAGCUGAUCCAACUUCCCGUGGAUCAUCAAAGGCAAACAGUAACAAGCCAGUUGGUGUUAUACACCAUAACGAAUCCUCGUCCCAAGGAAAGAUAACGGAAUAUUUUAAAACUCAGAUUAAACCGCAACAACCAAAACUUAAGAAGACGUCGGAAACAAUGUCGGUACUGGUUGCUAAAUCUACCACGGAAUUUCGAAGGCCACCUACCGUGCAAAGGAACAAAGGUGGCUUAGCCAAAUACCUCGGUACUGUUCCAUCAAAUCCUCGUACGACAACAGCUACCAACGAUUGGGAGGUUCGAACUGUCAACAUGUCGCCGCCGCCGCCUAACAAAAAGACACCUACCGUUAUUGUACCUAGGGCCAAUGUUAAAAUGGAGAAAAAAUUAACGAAACCCCUGCCAAGUUUGCCUAUAUCGAACGAUGUUCUUAAAAAUAUACCACCCUGCAAGAUAUCCUCGCUCAGGCUUAUCUCGGAAGCAAGUCCAAACCCAAUGAAAACGUGUUCACCGCCGUCUAACAACCCAACAGCUAAUCCCCCAGCAACAAACGAUUUUAAGGGUUGCAUCCUUUCCUCUAAAGCGCACGUUAACGAGAACAAUAAUUUAACGAAUGGUUGUAACAAUUUGAUCGGCACCAUACGUUCCCAGAACAGUCAGGAUCCAUUGUCGAGGUUAUCGCCAAUUGAAAAUGAUAACUGUCAAACGAAGAUAUCGUCAUCAUCGGUAGCCGAUGAAGAAGAUGUAGAAGAGGAGGAAGAGGAUUCCUCAUCGAGGAGCAGCGAAUCGAAAACGCAUCAUCAUUCACUUUCUCCAAUAUUAUCAGCACCUACAACGAUACGUUUCCCAGCCAGGGCACCCGAAAAGGAUAGGUCUCAGCCAACUGACAGUGGCAUUUGUCGAUGGGACAAAUGCGAAGCUAGUUUCGAGUCUAGCACCGGUCUUCUUGAACAUUUGCAGGUCGCUCAUAUCAAUACCCAAACCGGUGGAGACAAUUUCGUCUGUCAUUGGUUAGGUUGUAAGGUGCAAGGUAGAACGUCCUGUUCGAGAAGAUGGCUGGAAAGACAUGUCCUUUCACAUGGUGGGAACAAACCUUUUCGUUGUAUCGUCGAUGGAUGCGGCAGUAGAUUUAGUUCACAGACGACCUUGGAGAGGCACGUUAAUGGUCAUUUCAAUCAGCCUGAAACAAGUAGUAGCAGCGGUAGAAGGAGUUGCGAGAACGGUGGAAAACUCGUUAGGAGAAAUGGAAAGAGAUUGAGAUACAGAAGACAACCAUGGUCUGCACGACUUUUUGAUUAUUUCGAUUCUGGAGUCAUGGAAGGUCUUCAACAUAGAUUAUUGGAGCUGGCUAAGUCAAGAACGCAAGGCCGGUUAGCCGAGACGCCUGGUGACUCGAUGGCCCUAACUAGUCAAGUAUUAGCAAGAAGAGUAGAAAUGGAUGGGAAGAUCAAAGUCCUGCUACGAUGGUAUCCUCAGGACAUAGAACCGGACGAAUGGGUAUUAGAAUCUGAAGUACAAAGCACAAAACACGUAGGGAUACGUAAAUUAGCUGGAAAAAAUCCUGACGAAGUUAGUCUAGCGUUAUACCCAGCAAUGUGCGGUGGUAUACCACCUAUAACAAGAGUUAAACAGCGUCGAAAACCAGUUAAGAAUUCGUGAUAAUGUCUCGUUAUGAGGAUUAUUCAAGGCCAAUAAAGACGACUGAGAAAGAGAGAGAAAGAGAGAGAGAGAGAGAGAGGAGAGAGAGGAGAGAGAGGAGAGAGAUAGAGAGAGAAAAGGAGAGAAUAGAGAUAUGACAAAUAAACACAUGGACUGGAAUAUGUCCAGAUAAAUGUGUAAUGAUGGUUUAAUGAAAAGGAGCCUGGAUAGUGAUAAAAUAUUAUUGGACAACCUGGAAUAUGAUGCCGCGGAAACGACCGAUGUUAGACGAACGAAUGAAGAUUCGAAUCAGAUGACCAAAGCUGCUGAUUCCGCAGUACAAGAAACUCGGAGAGCAAUAGUAACGAUUUACCCUAACGAACAAGAAGAAGAAGAAAGAAGAAGAAGAAAGAAGAAAGAAGGAGAAGAAAAAGAAGAGGAAGAAAAUACAUUCUAAUAUAUUUAGCCUAAAUAAGAAGAAAUCCUUUCUUAGAUCUCAUGUAUGAUGAAUCAUGAAUCAUCGUUGAAGAAUAUAAGGAUGUAGCUCGUUUUACCUGUUCGAGAAAGAGAGAAAGAGAGAGAGAGAAAGAGAGAGAGUGAGAGAGAGAGAGAGAGAGAAAGAGAGAAAGAUAGUGAGAGUCUCUUUAUCUUUUUUUAAGAGACUCACACAUAUACACACGUACGUACAUACACACGCAUGCACAUAUACACGUAUACAUAUAACACACAUACAUAGAGAGAGAAAGAGAAAGAGAAGGAGAGAGAGAGAGAAAGAGAGACAGACAUAUUGAAAGAUAGACAAAAGCGGCCUCGGAAGAGCUGGGCUUGGGCCUCAUAAGUGCCUCACCGUGGAUACGUUUUGUACUACACCGUCAUUCGAGCAAAAAUGGGAUGAAGACGAUGAUGAUCGAUGAUAAUGAUCGAUGAUGAUCUAUGAUCUGUGAUCAAUGAUGAUGAUCGGUGAUUUAUGAUCAAUGAUAAUGAUCGAUGAUCUGUGAUCAAUGAUGAUGAUCGAUCAUUUAUGAUCAAUGAUGAUGAUCGAUGAUCGAUGAUAAAAUGUUUAAUAUCAGAUGAAACAAGAAAUGUUGAAUAUAAGUGAUAGAAAAAGAAAGAAAGGGAGAGAGACAGAUAGAGAAAAAGUAUUAUUACGACGACGAAACUAGUUAACGAGAAAGAGAGAGAAGAGAAAAAUGAAAAAGAAGAAGAAAAUAAAAAUGGAAGAAAAUAUAAGGAGAUAAUCACUCUGGUGGCCUUAGGAAUCAAUUAAUAUCUAACACCCGGCCCCUUGGCACUUCCGGGCACUGUUACUACUACUACUACUAACUACUACUACUACUACUACUGCUACUACUACUGCUACUACUACUAUUACUACUACUACUACUACUACUACUACUACUACUACUACUACUACUACUACUACUACUACUACUAUCUAUACUACUACUGCUACUACUACUAUUGUUACUACUACUACUACUACUAUCUAAACUACUAUCACAGCUAUAAUACUACCACACGACUAUUUAUAUAUAUGUAUAUGUAUAUGUAUAUAUAUGUAUAUAUAUAUGUGUCCACCAACAAUAUGGAGAAACGUGAUGACGUAUAAAAAGAAAGAAGAGGAAAAGAAAAGAGAGGAAGACGAAGAAGAAAAAGAAAAAAAAAAUACACAGACAGGCACACAUAUAGACAGACAUACACGUACACAUGCAUACAUGCGUAUAAUUAAUUAUGUAGAAGUUAGACCAUUUGUACAGUUAUAUGUGAAAUGAAAAAAAGAGAGAGAAAAAGUAAGAGGGAGAGAGAAAGAAUGUGUGAGAUAAAAAAAACGUAUGUGUGUGUGUAUAACACACGCACACAUACACACAUCUAAUAAAAUACAUGAACAAACGUAUACACACAAACACACUCACACACACGCCAGCUAAGAAACACUGCCAAUUUCGUGUAUAAAUUAAGAAAGUUUUUUAGGGGUUUAACUAAACGAGUCGCGAACAAAAUACAGACGAUUUAAUCAUUAUUAUUAUUAUUAUUAUUAUUAUUAUUAUUAUUAUUAUUAUUAUUAUUAUUAUUAUUAUUAUUAUUAUUAUUAUUAUUAAUUAUUAUUAACUAUUAAUUAUUAUUAGUAAUUAUUAUUAGUUAUUAAUUAUUAGAAAAUUAUUAUGAUCGAUCGUAUAUGCGACCCACCUCGUAAUCUACUCACCUGCCAUCCACCACUCACCCCAUUCAUCCCCUACAAUUAUCGCAAAAUUUCACGCGCGAUUUCUUUUCUUUUUUUUGGUCUUUUCUCUUUUUCUUCUCUUUAUUGUUUUCUUCUUUUUUGGGCGAGAAAAUUUUUUUCUCUUCUGCCCUUUUUCGAAUUUCGCCAAUUUUUUACCCGUGCCCCAUGACGAUGACAAGUUUUUGUUUUCUUUUCCUUUCUUUCCACGUACACAAACGUGAAAAGUAAAUUUUCCUUUCUAUCUCUUCUUUUUCUUUUUUUUCUUUCUUUUCUAAUAAGUUCAUGGGGCCUCCCAGAGAAUAAUUUACGUUUCGAUGACGACUUAAAGAUGGCCGGCUAUAUUCUUUGUAUAUAAAUAUAUUAUUAACGAAAAAAUUUAGAAAUUAGUUAUUAUACCUUCGCAUAGAGCCGAACGCAUAGCGCAUAUUGGAGGCCCUAAUUAUGUAAAUAAUUAGUCGAAAUUAAUUAAUCAUUAUUCGUGUAGGUCGUUUUCUGCUAUCUUGAACAGAUUCGAAAAAAAGAGAGAGAGAGAGAAUGAGAUAAUGAGAGAAUGAGAGAGAGUGAGAGAGAGAAAGAGAGAGAAAGGGAUAUUAAAUAAUUAUUAAUAAUUGUAUAGAUAGAUCUCAACACACACACACACAUAUACAUAUACAUACAAAUCUAUACACAAAAAUAUUAGAACAAAACUUUACACGUACAUAUAUAUACAUACAUACAUAUAUAUAUAUAUGUAUGUAUGUAUGUACGUAUGUACGUAUGUCUGUAUGUAUGUAUGUAUGUAUGUAUCUAUGUAUGUAUGUAUUAAUGUAUGUAUGUGUGUAUGUAUGUAUAGUUGAAAAAUAUAUUUAACAAAAAAUUAACACAUAUACAAUACACAAAAAAACUAUUGUGUACACGUACACGCUUACACGCAACAUUACGCGCACGUAAGAAAUUCAUGAAACUUUUGGUAAGACGUAUUUUUGGUUGAAUUCUGGAAAAAAAGAAAAAAAAAGGGAAAAAAAGAAAAGGUAAAAAAAAAUAUACGAAGAAGAGAGAAACGAAAAAGAAAGAAAAAGAAAAAAAAAGAAAAGAAAAGAAAACGAAGAAACAAGUUCGAAGGAAAUAUAAAAUUUAAUGGAAGAGAAAAGGGUGCAUCGUGUUCAAACGUCCUUUUUCUCUCUUUUUUUUUUUUUUUCUCUUUUGAUAUAUCACUCACCUCUCUCAGGGACGGAGAGAAAAAGGGGGGACGAAUUUUUUCGGUUUCUUUUUUUCAUUCCCCUUUUUCUUUUUUUUUUUCUUUCUUUUUUCACAAAUUCUUUUAAUUGUAUGUACAUAUAUAUAUAUUUUUUGUUAUUUUCUCCUUCUUUCUCAUUAUUAAAAGUAACGCGUCACUGCCACAUAAAAAAGAAAAACAAAAAAGAGAAAAAAAAACGCGCACUGCCAGUUGGGGACUGAGCACAGUAGCUUUAUCAUACGUGUACUCUCUAUUUCUAUGUGUAUAUAUAUAUAUAUACGUACGGAUAUGAUAGAAAGAGAGAGAAAUAUAUAUGUAUGUAUGUAUGUGUAUAUAUAUAUAUAUAUAUAUAUAUAUAUAUAUAUAUAUAGAUUUUUCAGAAAAUGAAAAAGAAAAGAAAAAUGGCGCUGUUUUCUCUCGCGCCAUUUUGUCGUUUUGUUCUCGUAGAAAUAAAUUCCUGUGACAAACAAUUUUCUCCUUCCUUUGAUUUACUGUUUUGUCUUUUUUUUUUUCUUUAACUUUAAUUUAUUUAUUUAACCCAUCGACUAAUUUUUUUCACUUAAUGUAUCUUUUUCUUUCUCUUUCUUUUUUUUUUCUUGUUAAAAGGAGCCUUCAAUAAACUGCCAAGUCCUUCGUAAGAACUUCGUUGAUAACUAAAUAUUAAAAAGAGAGAGAGAACAAGAGAGAAGGAAAGAGAAAAAAGGCACUGCCAAUAUAACAAAUAGACAACAAAAUGGAAAAAGAAAAAAGAAAGAAGAAAAAGAAGGAGAGAAAGAGAGGUUAGGUCCUACAGGCGAUAUCCUCUAUCUUUUUUAUUCUUCGAAUUUUUCUUUGGUUUUCUUUUGUUUUCUUUCGACUUUUAUUCCUUUUCUUUUCUUCUUUUUUAAUUUCACGUAUUCUCACACGCACACACACAAACACACAUAUACAGACAGAGCAACUUAUGUGUAUUAUUUUUUUCGUGGCGCGAUCGCGAGCCGAUCGGUCGACUAAAUCUAAAAAAGCAAAAAAAAAAAAGAAACCAUCUUGUUUACUUUUCUUUUUUUCCCAUCGCACUAUUUUUUUAAUUAAUUAAUCAAUCAAUCAAUCAAUCAAUCAACCACAUCGUGCACAUCGUUUUUCUUUAGAUGUAAUAUCUCCUUUUGUUUUUCUUUUUUUUCUCUCGGGAUUACUCAACAAGAAAAUAUCGACAUAUGUAAUUUAUUAUUAUUAUUAUUAUUAUUAUUAUUAUUAUUAUUAUUAUUAUUAUUAUUAUUAUUAUUAUUAUUAUUAUUAUUAUUAUUACUAUUUUUAUUAUGAUUAUUAUUAUUAUUAUUAUUAUUACUAUUAUAACAAUUACGAUUAUUAUAUAAUUAUUAUAAUUAUUAUUAUCAUAAUUAUUAAAAGGCGACGUUCGGUCGCUCGGUCGCGCUUGAUCUCCUGAUGAAAAAAAACGACAAUUAGAGAAAUAAAAUAAAAUAAAAUAAAUAAAUAAAUAAAUAAAUACAAUGAUUCUUUCGUCUUUCUAACAUAAUGAUCGAAAAAUGUGCUUAGGUUCAUCUCUUUUGAGAAGGAAGAGAGAUAGAGAUAGAGAGAGAUAACACGAGACUCCAUUUUGAAAAAAUUGAAAAUUUUUGUUCGUAGAUUAGAAUCUAACCCCAACUAUCUCUUAAUUUAUCCUCAUUCUUCGUUAAUUGAAAUUAAUUAAUUAAAUGAUUUUUUUCUGUCUUAUAUUACUUUUUUUUUCUUUCGACCAUUUUGUUUUUUUUCUGUUUUGAUCUUCAUUCUAUUAUCUUAUUGGUCUAUUAUCUAACUGCCCAAACAGCGCACCUUCACUCUCCUUCCCCCACUACUCCAUCCAUUGUAAUUUUUUUACUCGUGCACGAUUCCAUGCACCAAACGAAUAUAUAUAUAUAUAUAUAUAUAUAUAUAUAUAUAUAUGUAUAAUAUAUAUAUAUAUAUAUAUAAUAUACAUAAAAAUAUGUAAAUUUAAGUGAAAAGUUGUAAAGAGUUUUGUGUAAUCUAUGAUUAGGUAUAAUUCAUUAUUAGUUAAGAAAAAUAUGCGAGCAUGUAUGUAUGUAUGUAUGUAUGUGUGUAAGACUUAUUAUUACGAUUGAGUCCAUUCUUUUCUUUUUCCUUUUUCUUUUUAUCCAUUUUUUUUUCAUAAACCAAAUCACAAAGGAAGAGAGAGAAAGAAAGAUAAUAUUGAGUUUUCAAUAUGGCCGUUUGACGUCCAUCUUAACAACGUUCGACUUUCAAUAUGGACGCUUGUCAUCCAUUUUGGUUUCUCCUCAAUAUUUAAAUACUUUUUGAUCGUUAUUAUAAUUAUUAUUAUAUUAAAAACUGAGGAAGUAACGAAAAAAAAGAAAAACAAAAACAAAAAAAAAUAAUAACGAAAGAAUAGAGAAAAUGAUUGUAGAAUUUCGACGAGCGUAUUGUACAUAUAUACAGGUAUAUGUACAGACAUACACACACACACACGCGUACAUAUGUAAAAAAAAAAUGACACGAGUAAUGGCGAUCCGCGAAUUGCGAUCUUUCAAUGAGGAGUCUAACUGAUAAGAUUUCCGUGAUAAUUGAACAAAGAAACGUUAAAUGGGCGAGAGAGAAACAAAGAGAGAAAGAGAGAGAGAGAGAAUUCAAAAUAAAAAAAAUAAAUAAAUAAAAGUGAGAGAGAAAGAGAGAAAGAGAGAAAGAAAGAGAUAGAGAGACAUAUAUAGGCUAUGUAUUUUUACUAAAAUUAAUGGAAAUGGUUAGAAAAAAUAGUUUGAACGCCGAAAAGGGAUUACAGUAACGUGGUGAUCGUAAAAUAAGAAAAAAAAAGAAAAAGAAAAAAGGGAAAGAGAAAAUCGCCGAAGCACACACACCCACAUACACAUACACACAAACACGUACAUACACGUACGCAAGAAAGACAACAAAAAGAUAAAUAAUAAUAAUAAUAAUAAUAAUUUGAAAAUCUCACCAAAAUGGCGCGCCAUUUUCGUUUCCCUUUUUGCAAGUUCGCGUAUCGCAAUUCUCGCAAUUUGAAUUCAUACUGCACGUCGAUAUAAUUUGUAUUUCUUUUUUCCGAAGGGUUCAUUUGUUGAUAGAUACUAGUUUCUUUUAUCUUUUUUUUUUAUUUCUUUUCUUUAUUUUUUUUUCGAAAAAUGGACCCAUCUUUGAGAAAUAGAAAAACGUAUAUAUAUAAUUGCUUUCUAUAAAUCAAUCUCAAAGAUCCUCGUAACAAAAAAAAAGAAAAAUUGAAAUUGAGGCGAUGGAAUACUUCUUCUCUUUCUCGAAAAAUAUUUCCCGAGGAAAAAAGGAAACAAAUUUGGCUUUCUAGUUUUCAAGUAUUGGAUAAUCAAUUAAUUCACAAUGUAACAGUAAUUUUAUCGAUCGAGAAUGAAGAAAGGGAAAGGAAGAAAGAAAAAUGAAUAGGAUUAUGUUUGACCUUAACAGCAAGAGGAAGAAGUAAGGUUAUCUAAAGAAAAAAAAAAAAAAAAAAAAGAUAGAAAAAAGAAAAAAAGAAGAACGAGAGAAACAAGAAGAACAAUCUCUUCCUUUUUUCUUUCUUUCUUUUCUUUUUCUUGAAAGCGCGACUUAAAAUAUUCUUUUCUUUUCACUUUUCGAGUUAAAACAAAACUUUUUUGCGUGCGUCCAAAGAGAGAGAGAGAAAUAAAAUAACAAAAUGGCGGAAUGAGAGUAAGAAUUAAAAUAACAAAAUGGCAGAAUGUGUGUGUGUGAGAGAGAGAGAGAGAGAGAGAGAGAGAGAGAGAGAGAGAAAGAGAGAGAGAGAGUCAAACUGUGUAAAUAAUUGAUGUAACGCGCACGAGCACUCGGGCAUUUUUCUCGAACGUGUUAAAAAAAGCCUAUGAGGGCUAUAUGCAUAGCUUAUUACGAAUUAUGGUGUUUGCAUUUAUUAUAAAUUCUAUGUAAAGAAGACAAAGACGAAGACGAAGACGAAGACGAAAAUGAAGGUAAAGAUGACGAAGAGGAGUAAUAGUAAGAGUAGGAAUAGGAGAAGGAGAAAGAAAUAUAUAUAUAUAUAUAUAUAUAUAUAUAUAUAUAUAUAUAAAGUAAAAACAAGGAGCAGAAGGACGAGACUCGUAAUGGCGACGAGGAGUUACAUUAAUAACUAUAUAUAAACAAUAAUGACUGCCAUUUCGAUAUCGAUUAUAAAUUUUUACUGGAAAUUAUUUAUAAUAAAGUGUGCAUUUAACAAUCUUAAGUCGAAGAAAAGAAAUAUGAGAUAUGAAACUGAAUGGCCGACAUACGAGAAAGAAAUAAGAAUAUCAAGUUCAGAUA